GAGCCCUUGCCCCUGGCCACCCUGGGCUGCCUCCUUGCCCAGGCAGACCCUGGGCCCGCUGCUGCUGGGCAGAUGGGGCAGUUGGCCGGGGGCCGGGGGGCCAGCCCCAGAGGUGAGCCGGCCACCCCGGCUGUCUGCUCCCAGCCAGCAGGGACAGGAGAUGGGGCACCCCUGGGGCCCCCACAGCGCCCCGGCCCCGGCGGGCACCACGGCUGUACCCGGGCUCAUUCCAGACCUCAUCGUCAGGCUCCCCUGGCCCCGCUGGGCGCUCAUUGCCCUUGCUGUGGCAGCUGGUGUCCUCACGGUCUCCUGCAACCUCUGUGCUGCCCACAGGAAGAGGCCCAGGGACAGGGAGGCUGUGGGCCUGGGCGGUCCUCAAGGGACCACCACCGGCACCCACCUGGUGCAACUGGACGUGGAUAACUCAGAGACUGCCCCAGGGGGCCCCCAGCACUGGGGGCGCCUGCAGCUCUCCCUGAAGUAUGACUUUGGAAGGCGGGAGAUCAAAGUGGGCCUCAAGCAGGCUACAGACCUGAGGGCCUGUGGUCCAGGCGGCACGGUGGACCCCUACGCCCGGGUCAGCCUGUCCAGCCAGGCAGGGCACCGCGGCACACUCUGCCCCAUGUUCUAGGAGACCUGCUGCUUCCACAUGCACCUGGGCUGGGUGGCCGGGGGGCCUGGGCCGCGUGGGGAGCUGUCUCAGACCACCCUGCAGGUGCGGGUGCUGAGCUUCAGGCGCUUCUCUGCCCACGAGCCGCUGGGCAGGCUCAGCCUGCCACUGGGUGCCAUAGACCUGCAGCACGUCCUGGAGUAGUGGUGCCAGCUGGGCCCGCCGGGCGCCACUGAGCCCGAGCGGUCUGGAGAGCUGUGUUUCUUGCUCCGGUACGUCCCCAGCUCGGGCCGGCUAAUCGUGGUGGUGCUGGAGGCGCGAGGCCUGAGCCUGGGCCUGGCAGACCCCUACGUGAAGGUCCAGCUCAUGCUGAACCAGAGGAAGUGGAGGAAGAGAAAGACUUCGGCUUGCAAGGGCACAGCCUCCCCCUACUUCAACGAGGCCUUCACCUUCCUCGUGCCCUUCAGUCAGAUCCAGAGCGUGGAUCUGGUGCUGGCUGUCCGGGCCCGGGGCCCACGGGUUCGGGCUGAGCUGCUCGGCGCCCGGGCCUCUGGGCAGCCUCUGCAGCAGCGGGCAGACACGCUGGCCCACGCCCGGCGGCACCACCUGCAGCCGGCCGGGGAGGUGGACCAGGCUCUGGCCCUGAAGCCCCGCCUGCACCUGCCCUUGCCUGGCCCACGGGACUGA